AUGCCCCCCCCCCUCCCCUCCCACCACCGCGGCAUGACCGCCAACCCGCAACGACCGAGCCGCUACCGCCCCGGCAAACCGAUCGCCGAGGAGCCUUCGUCCGACGAGGACGAUGAAGAUGAGGAGGAGGAACAGCAACAAAAAGAGCAGGAGGAGCGCCGUCGUCGCGAGGAGCAGCGCCGGAGGGCGGCGGCGUUGGCUAGACCAACACCCAAGGCUAGUUCUUUUCCCGCUGGGGCGGCGGCGGUUACGUCUGGGGUGAAGGGAGUGAGGUUUGAGGAAGCUGUAGCUGAGGAGGAUGAGGAGGGGUUUGUUACGGAGGAGGAGGAAGAGGAGGAGGGGGAUGCUGAGGAAAGGAAAGUGGGGAGCUCUGUUGCUGGCGAUGGAGCUGGGGUUUCUACUUCUACUUCUGGUUCUGGUUCUGGUUCUAGGGGGGUGGUGGGAAGGGGGGCGCAGGUGGAGGAUGAAUCAGAGGAGGAGGAAUCAGAAGAAGAGGAAAGUUCGUCGGAAGAAGAAACCCCCCGCCGAAUCCUCCUGCGGCCGACCUUCAUCAAAAAGAACCAGCGCAACGCCGCCGCCACCACCACCUCAGACACCAAAGCACAACCGGAUCAUCACGCCGACUCGGCCGCGGACGCGGAGGCCCGCCGCGCCCAGCGCCAGGAGAAAGCCGACGCGCUUGUGCGCGAGCAACUCGAGAAGGAGGCGAUCGCGCGCAGCGCCGCGAACCGAGCGUGGGACGACGACGAGCUGGAGGUCGCGGAGGAGGAGGCGAUCGACGAUACGGACGGCAAGGACCCGGCGGCCGAGUACGCGGCGUGGAAGCUGCGCGAGCUGAAGCGCGUGAAGCGCGAGCGCGAGGCGAUCGAGGCCGCCGAGAAGGAGCGCGAGGAGAUCGAGCGGCGCCGCGAGCUGACGGCCGAGGAGCGCGAGCGCGAGGACCGCGAGUUCCUGGCCCGCCAGAAGCAGGAGAAGGAGGCCGCGCGCGGCCAGGCCGGCUACCUGCAGCGCUACUUCCACAAGGGCGCCUUCUUCCGCGACGACGUCGAGCGCGAGGGGUUGGAUCAGCGCAAUGCCAUGGGCGCCCGGUUCGUCGACGAUGUCGCCCGCGAGACCUUGCCGGAGUACAUGCAGAUCCGCGAUAUGACGAAGCUGGGCAAGAAAGGGCGCACCCGCUACAAGGAUCUGCGAUCGGAGGAUACGGGUCGUUUUGGCGAUGGGGUCAGCAACCGGUUUGGUGGCGGGCAGCGGAGGAGGGAGGAUGCGCCGCUCGGGGUUACUGAUGAGAGAUUCAUGCCGGACGAGCGGCCCAGGGGUCCCACGGGCGCCAAUGCGUCGGUGGUGCGCGAGAGGCGGCGAUCCAGGUCGAGGUCUUACUCUCCUCGCAGAGACCGGUAUGGGGAUCGGAGGGAGCCGCGACGGAGCCCCGAUCGCUCGGCAGACCGCUACAGGCCGGAUGGAGGCAGUCGCAGGAAGCGCAGUCCCUCGCCCUACGACGAUCGAGAGAAACGGAGACGAACAGAGGAUGCGAGAUCGGACUAG